GGGAAUAAGGGAGCGUCUUUCUUAUGAUGUCUUUCUUAUGAUGUAAUGGCUCUGUUGUCUGAUUUUUAUUGGCUAACGAAGUGUAUAAAGCAAUGCUACCAACUUUCUGAGACGUGACACUUCUGGACGUGACUCUGCCAGUGUUCCAGAUUGUUGGCCACCCAGCUGCUUAAUUUGAUCAAAUAAAGUGCUGCUUAAUCAAGAAGUCGCUGCUUGGGUUAUCUGAUUAGAUUGAUAUGGUAUCUCAAGUUUAAGUAAGGGACUGGGAUCUUACCGGUGAGAAAGUGGUAUUUUUUCCCCAUCUGUCUUUCUGCUUCGGAGUGGAAGAGAACAAAGUGCAUUCUUGCGAAAAAUUUUCCCCAUUUCUAAAUUCCAGGCAAACAUCUUGCCGUGCAGAUUUGAAGCUAUGGUGCUGAUCAGAGUGCUAGCAAACCUUCUGAUACUACAGCUUUCUUACGCACAAAAGUCUUCUGAACUGGUCAUUGGAGGUGAUGAAUGUAACAUAAAUGAACAUCGUUUCCUUGUAGCCUUGUAUGACCCUGACGGGUUUCUCUGUGGUGGGACUUUGCUCAACGAGGAAUGGGUGCUGACCGCUGCACACUGUGACAAGGAAAAAAUGGAGAUAAACCUUGGUGUGCAUAGCCUAAAUGUAGUAAAUGAGGAUGAGCAGACAAGAGUCCCAAAGGAGAAGUUCUUUUGUCUUAGUAGCAAAAACUAUACCCGUUGGGACAAGGACAUCAUGUUGAUCAGGCUGGACAGCCCUGUUAGCAACAAUGAAUGUAUUGCGCCUUUCAGCUUGCCUUCCAGCCCUCCCAGUGUGGGCUCAGUUUGCCGUGUUAUGGGAUGGGGCAGAAUCUCACCUAGUAAAGAGAUUUAUCCCGAUGUCCCUCAUUGUGCUAACAUUAACAUACUCGAUUAUGAGGUAUGUCGAAAAGCUUACCCACAAUUUGGGUUGCCAGUGACAAGCAGAACAUUGUGUGCAGGUAUCCUGGAAGGAGGCAAAGAUACAUGUGUGCUUGACUGUGGGGGACCCCUCAUCUGUAAUGGACAAUUCCAGGGCUUUGUAUUUUGGAGACCCGAUCCUUAUGCCCAACCGUGUAAGCCUGGCCUCUACACCAAGGUUUUUGAUCAUCUUGACUGGAUCCAGAGCAUUAUUGCAGGAAAUAAAACUGUGAAUUGCCCCCCAUGAAAACUUUUGAAAAAGUUACGAGGAGAAAAUGUAACAUAUUAGUACAUCUCUUCUAUAUCCCUAACCAUAUCCAACUGUAUUGGAAUAUAUUCCCAGGCAGUAAGCUUUUUUUAGACUCAAAUAGGACUUCCUUUGGAGUUAGAAAUGCUCAAAAUAGUGCUGCAGGGAUCAUGUCCCAUUUAAUUUCAGUAUAAAACAAUCUCAGUAAAAUGGAGGCUGUUUUAGGGUGAGGUGCAAAAUUUUCUGACUCUAAAAUGGACCAUUCCAAAUAUUUCAACCUCUGAAUAUCUUUCAUUUCUGUCCACCUCUGGGACAGUGGGGUCCUUGAUGCUCUCUGAGCUUCUCUUGUUGGAGACGUUUCAUUACCCAGUUUGGUAAUAUCAUCAGUGCUAGAGUAUUCUCUUCUAUUGGUACUUCUGUGGCAUUUACAAUAUGCUCAUAUGGAGUCAUGCAGUCACCCACAAACAUAUCCAUAUACUCUGGUCCCACUGUUGCCUAGAAAGGAUCUCUGAUUAACCCCCACUUCCCAAUCACUAAAUAGAAUAUUUUGAGAAUCAUGUUUCCAUGUAAAUUUUUCAGGUAUCCACAGCAAUAAAAUCGUAUAAAUCAUCACUUGUUUUCUGAUCCUUUGGUUUUGAAAAGGACUGGCUUGUUACAUGUCAGCAUUUGACCAACUGGGCUUAAAAGCUGAAAAAGGUCUGACCUGGACUUCCGGUUUUGCGUACUUGAAACUGAGUGAGGAAUUUGAUCUUCUCUUUUCUAUUCUAUAUUUAAUUUUCUGGAAAAGAUCCCCAAGAAGCAAAAUAUCUCCGAAAGGCAAGGAGGGGGAUUUCCACCCCACCCUUAUACUAACGGAAGUGACGAAUUAAUCUUUUUAUUGAGGAUCAAAAUAUAUGGAAGUGAAACAAAUAUAAAACCUGAAAUUUAAAACUCAAAUCUGAAUAAAUCUAAAAUUGUUGAAUGGUUAAGACUCUCAUUCUAAAGAGAAUAGUUCAUUUUGAAAAUUGAAAAACAAAUAGAUGCUAACACCAAUUGAGAGAAGUAUAAAUUUCAG